UACAGGAGCACAUUACUCGAAGGAGAGCACUCGAGGCGGUGGCCAUGACCUUCACAACUUCAUCUCGUCUGGCUUUGUGACGCUUGGCCGGAGCCACGUAAAAGGGGAGAAGCAAUGGCCGGUUCGGUCUCAGAGUCAUCAUGGAGUCCAUCAACAUAAUUACAACCAUCUUGGUCUCAGUAGCCCAACUCGAACACCAAAAAAUGCUCACAGAUCUCUAAGGCAUGAGAGCACCCGGAUGAACAGCAUCCUCACCUCGCAGACCGAGCCGUACGAUCUGUCCUUCUCACGCUCCUUCCAGAGCCUGUCCCACCUCCCCCCAUCCUACGAAUCUGCCGUGAAAGCGGACCUCAACAAAUACUCCUCGCUCAAGAGACUAACGGAUAAGGACGUUGACGACUACUACAGCAGGAAGAGGAAUCUUCCAGACCUAGCGGCACGAGGAUCUCUUCCCUUGCACAUGAUCAAGAUGAACCAGGAGUCCCAGAGCAGCCAGCAGCAGCAAGAGCCCCGCCAGCGUCCCCGCAGAGUCCAGAGGGCCAUGUCCCAGGACCGCGUGCUGUCCCCUGAGCGCAGCCACGAAAACGACUACCCCAUGUCUCCCUACGACAUCUCCCCGUACGGCGGACGCAUCCUCUCCGACGAGCAGCUCCUGUCGGCCGAGCGCCUGCGCUCCCACGAGCGGCUCGUCUCACAAGACCGCCACUACUCCCAGGACCGCAUCCACACACAGGACCGCUUGAUGUUGCAGGAGCGCCUUCACUCUCAGGAACGCCUGCAUUCCCAGGACCGCCUCUACUCACAGGACCGCCUUCACUCCAAGGAUCCGCUGAUCUCCCCUGACAAGAUGAUGUCCAUCAAGCGCUCCGGGUUCCACAGCGACAAGUCCAUGUCCAGAGCCAUAUCCCACACGGACGUGUUUAUGCCCACUACGCCUAUCCUGGACUGCUACAAGAUGACAAAAAUGCACUCCCAUCCCAGUGCCUCGAACAACACCCCGCAGAACAUUGCGACCAUGAACCAGACGGCCUCCAAGAGGCAGGCCUUCGCCUCGCGCCGCACGCAGACGAUGGAGCAGCUGCACUACGUCGCGCAGCAGCAGCAGCAUCACCAUCACUACCGCACAGGGAGCAAGACCGAAGUAACUGUUUAACCGCUUGCAAACUCGUGGAUGGUUGAGCCACAAGGCCAAGCAACAACAGAAGCGUCCAAGAGCCAGACUAGACUCGGAUCCGGUCCUUUUCAGCAGUUCUCUAGUGACUGACACAACACCAGCGACUCUAGAGUCAACACUGAGACGAUUCUGUGUGCAUAUCCAUUCAUUUAUAUCUUUUUGUUGAUCACUAAUAUGGAAGGACUCACUUGCCAGAUUCAGCGUUCGUAAGGGCUUUGCAUGGGGAGUCGCACAGAGCGUCAGAAG